UUUUUUUUUAAAAAAAAAACCAUGUAUAUUCUGAAUGCGAAAAUCGCACUCCUUGCCGCUGCGACUGCAUCGUUAACAGUGGCAUGGCCGACUGCCAUAUUGGAUGCUGCAGGCCACGAUCCGGAAGUGCUGAAGCGCGCGGAAGAAGAAGUAGCAAAGGCUAUGCAAGCAAGACAAAGCAAUAGUGCGAGCGCUGCUACAUCUAUAUUUGAGCCUGUCCCCAUCUUCGAUGCAAAAGCACAGUACAUCGACGUCAGCGCGGGGAGCGGCCAUGAAUACGUUCCUCCAGGCCCUGACGACCUUCGGGGCCCAUGUCCUGGGCUGAAUGCUCUGGCAAACCACAAUUUCCUACCGCAUAAUGGCUACGCCACUGUAGCGCAAUACGUCGAGGCGACGACAAAAGUCGUCGGCAUGGGUCCGACGCUCGCCCUUUUGCUCUCCGCCGUCGGCGGCGCCCUCAGCGGCGACAUCCUCAGCUGGUCCAUGGGCGGCAAGCCCUCGCUCGGACAAGCGGGGCUGACUGGCAUCCUGGGCAACGGGCUCACCGGCUCGCACAACAAGUACGAGACAGAUGGAUCGCCUACGCGGGGGGAUCUGUACCAGACGGGUAACAACUUCAAGACGGUGCCCGCACAGUUCCAGCAGCUGAUCGAUGCGUCGCCCGGCGGCUUCGUCACGCUCGAGAGCCUGACUGCGUUCCGCAGUGCGAGAGUGGAUGCGCAGCGGAAGUCCAAUCCGUAUUAUUUCAGUGGGCCGUUUGCAGGUGUUCUGGUGCAGCCGGCGGCGUAUACGUUCAUCUUUCGCUUCAUGGCGAAUCAUUCGGCGGAGAAUCCCGAGGGCGUUCUGCCGUAUGAUGUGCUGCAGUCGUGGUUUGGGAUACAGGGGACAAACGGCAAGUAUACUGCUGUGCAAGGCGGGGAGCGGAUCCCGAAUAAUUGGUACCGUCGUCCGAUAGCAUAUCCAUAUGACACGCCCUACUUUCUUGCUGAUACCUUGAACGCGGCUACUUUAUACCCCAAGUUUCUUGAGGUUGGCGGAAACACCGGUCAACCCGACUCUUUCGUUGGUAUCGACGUAGCAAGCUUGACCGGCGGUAUUUUCAGUUCUGCCAAUCUCCUCAAGGGAAACAACCUGGCUUGCUUCGUCUACCAAAUUUCCGCGCUGGCAAAGCCUGAUAUUCUUCUUGGCCUGCUCACUACACUUCUCGACAUUGUAAACAAUGCGGUUGCUGCUUUGAGCUGUCCGCAGUUGAAGAAUUUUGAUCAGAGCGUGCUUAAACAGUUCCCUGGCUACAAUAGGCAGAAUGUGUAUGGAUAGACUGAAAUGUCUUGGACUUGUAACAAUUCAUGAUAUGGUUAUUGAGCGGGAAGGUUGGUCAUCUCACACAUGUAAAGAGAUAGAAACGCACUCCACAACACAAAACAACUGUAAAAUCAAAUUAUUCAAACUGGCA